AUGCUUCGAAGGGCUUGGAAACCACUGGCUGCCACUACCGUUCUUAUUGGCACACCAAGCUACCUCUACUAUACUUUCACCAAGCAGCAGACAUUCGACCUUGCAGUCAAAGUUCGCGGUGCGGACGGGAUGCCAAUCAUGGCCAACCGCACAUUUUCCCUGUUGUCACAGAACGCUGUUAAAGAUCGUCUGACAGAAAACGCGUCGUCUGACAGCUUUUCCAGACCCGACAGCACAGUGUGGCGAUACGCCACGGCAUCUGUAGCCGCCAAUGACCCCCUGGAAGAUGCACAUGCAGAUGCUAUAAUUGCCCGUGACCCAUCGGACCCAUCUGCACCAGGUGACUGGUUGUUUUUCACCGUUAUGGAUGGUCAUGGUGGCCCCCAUACAUCUCAACUUCUUUCCAAAACCCUCAUAAGCGCCGUGGUUCUGGAAUUAUCCUCCCUGAUUCACUCUUCAGACGUUCCGAAAUCCGGACUUCUGGAAAAUUUAAAGUUGAUAUUCCGCACGUCUUCACCCAAAUCUCGCGAGGACCCUCAAAAUCCAGAGAGAAUCUCCCUUGCCAUACGAAAUGCUUUCACCAAGUUGGAUCAGGAACUCAUCAAUGCGCCCCUUUCGGUUCUCGCCGCAAACUUGGAUACUGAAUCAAUAAAGAAGAACAUUCUUCCCGAUCUUAGCAAACAUCCGCUGGCACUACAGACAAUGCUUCCUGCUGUAUCUGGCAGUUGUGCGCUGAUGGCUGUCUUCGACACCGCCCAUCGGCAUCUAUACGUGGCUUGCUCAGGGGACAGUCGUGCUGUUGCCGGCAUCUGGGAGGAAAAUGAGCAAGGCCAGGGGUUGUGGCGCGUCGAAGUUCUUAGCGAAGACCAGACCGGUCGUAACCCAAGUGAAUUGAAAAGAAUUCAAUCUGAACAUCCCCCUGAUGAGGCGGGUAGUGUGAUACGAGCAGGUCGCGUACUUGGCGGGCUUGAACCCAGUCGCGCAUUCGGAGAUGCCCGGUACAAAUGGCCCCGUGAGGUGCAAGAUGUACUAAACCGUGCCUUCCUUGUGGGCAACGAUCAACCAUUGCGCCCACCCCCUUCGUCAUUCAAGACUCCGCCAUACGUUACUGCUACCCCAGUCGUAACCCACCGUGACUUUGACUUUGGCAGUGUUGCGCGGCCGUCACGCGCACCUGCAUCCCGUUUCGUGGUGCUGGCAACUGACGGGCUGUGGGAUAAGCUUAGCUCAGAGGAUGCCGUAGCCCUCGUCGGCGGACAUCUUAAGGGUCUCAAAGGAGUGGUUUCCAAAACAGCCCUUCCAGAACUCGUACCGACAACGUCAGGGGCACCAACUGUGGAAGGCAAGGACAAGAAACGAAAUAACAGCAGUGGCUCCUGGUCAUUUGAAGAUGAGAACGUCAGCUCACAUCUCAUCCGGAACGCAUUUGGUGGGGGCGACACCGAGAGUUUGAGGAAGUUGAUGAGCAUACCUGCUCCGACCGCCAGGAGCUAUCGAGAUGAUACCACCGUAACUGUUAUCUGGUGGGAAGAUGGACAGGAAGGUAAUGCCAAAACUGUGACAUUCUCUUCUGAUAAUAUAAAAGCAAAGCUGUAG